GGAAGCAGCCGUCAAGCAACAACAGCUUGCGCAAAGUGGGCAUGCGCGGCCAGACGUGGCAACGCAGCGGCAUGAUGGCCUUUCGGAACAUCUCUGGCAGUCGGAUGACAGACGGGAAAAUGUUCGGUGUGCUGUUCCUGGUGUGGCUGAUGUUGAUGUUGGACGCAGUCAAAGUGUCUCCCCUCAUCGAGAAGGUGAGCGACCACAAAGACUUGAAGAAACUGCUCAGGACCAGGACCAACGUUCUUGUGCUCUACACCCAGACAGCUACAUCCAGUGACGCCUACCUGAAGCUGCUGUCUGACGUCGCCCAGGCGGUUAAGGGCCAAGGGACCAUCGCUUGGGUCAACUGUGGAGACUCAGAGGGCCGUAAGCUGUGCAAAAAAGUCAAAGCGGAUCCCGGCUCCAAAAGCAGUGCUGUUGAGCUGCUGCAUUACAAAGAUGGUAGUUUCCACAUGGAGUACAACAGACCCGCCACCUUCAAGUCCAUGGUUGCAUUCCUGAAGGAUCCGUCGGGGCCUCCACUGUGGGAGGAAAACCCAGAAGCCAAAGACGUUGUGCACGUAGAAACAGAAAAAGACUUUAGGAAGCUGCUGAAGAAAGAGGAGAGGCCCAUUCUGAUGAUGUUCUACGCGCCCUGGUGUGGCGUAUGUAAGAGGAUGCAGCCCAUCUUUCAACAAGCUGCCACAGAGACUAAGGGACGAUACGUCCUGGCCGGCAUGAACGUGCACCCAUCCGAAUUUGAUGGCCUCAAGCAGGAAUUCAACGUCAAAGGCUACCCAACCUUCUGUUACUUCGAGAAGGGCAAGUUCCUAUAUCACUAUGAGAAUUACGGCGCCACAGCCAAGGACAUCGCAGAAUGGAUGAAGAACCCUCAGCCGGUGAAGCCAAAGACUCCCGAAGUGUCCUGGUCUGAGACAGAUUCAUCUGUCUUCCACUUGACGGACGAAUCCUUCGAUGCCUUCAUGGAAGAGCAUCCCGCUGUCAUGGUCAUCUUCUACGCACCCUGGUGUGGCCACUGCAAAAAGAUUAAACCAGACUAUGAAGAAGCUGCCCAACUACUCAACAAAGAUCCAAAGAGUCCGGGCGUGUUGGCAGCAGUGGACGCCACCAUCCACAAGGCAGUGGGGGAUCGCUUCAAAAUUUCCGGCUUUCCCACUCUGAAGUACUUUGAGAACGGACAGGAGUUGUACACGUUGCCGCAUGUACGCACGAAAGACAAGAUCAUCGACUUUAUGCACAAUCCACAGGCUCCACCGCCACCAGAGCAGUCCUGGGAAGACAAACCCUCCAGCGUCCUCCACCUUGGCUCAGAGGACUUCCGAGAGGCCCUGAAGAAGAAGAAACACUGUCUGGUCAUGUUCUACGCUCCAUGGUGUCCGCAUUGUAAAAACGCCGUCCCUCACUUCACGACUGCGGCGGAAGUCUUCAAAGAGGACCGCAAGAUCGCUUAUGCGGCGGUGGACUGCACCAAAGGACAAAACCACGAGCUUUGCAAGCAGGAGGGCGUGGAGGGAUACCCCACCUUCAACCAUUACAACUACGCUAAGUUUGUCGACAAAUACCACGGAGAUCGCGGGGAAGCAGGGUUCAUCGGCUUCAUGCGCAGCCUGCGAAGUCGCGAUCAGGAGAAAGUCACCGUGAGGAAAGAGGAGCUCUGAUGAAGAUGAACCCCUCCAAUCCACCUUGAACCCCCUUCAAGGGCCCUAAUCAGCACUGACACGGGGGGGACACAAAUGACCUCAAAUAUUUUUUAUACCACAUUGAUCACUUUUUUUUUUUUCUUUUUUUGGGUGGACAUAGUACACUAAACUGGCUCGGACACUGUGACUGAUUUUGCGACAAGCUACGUGCCAAUCUAUGCAAUCCCCACGACGGCGCUAACGGGGUCCCACCAGACAUCCCGUCCGCCGUCUUGUUUCCGGCUGCUUCGUCAACAUGUGACGCCACAGUUAGCGUGGCAACGUGGCGUGACGUCAAUCAAGGCCAAAGGGUGACUUUUUGUCUACAAAUGGUGGCCUUAAAAUAUUAAGUUCAAGCUAAGGCCUGGUGUCGCGAAUGCUUUUUCCUUCCGCCCUUCAGUUUGACAACCACAAUGCCAUAUAUGGGUGUCAUCUGACAUUUUGUCGGUUUUUUUUCCCCCUCCCGUUUCCAAAUCUGUCAAUGAAAAUGAAAAUCUCAUUUUUGUGACUUUGCUUUUUCUUUGACCCUGGAUUGCAGACUUUUUGCCGAUGGACACAAAAAAUGUGACCGUGAGAUGUGACAACAAAGAAACGAAAUCACUAUCAGCUUUAACGGCCAAGUAUGUAUCGACACGCAAGGAAUUUGUCUUUGGCAGUCGGUGCUUCCCUGGUACGACAUUCAUGUCGAGUACGGAGAAAAAGAACAAAGAGCAAUAGACAUUCAGUUAUAAGAGUCACACAUUUUUAUCACAAUGGAAAACAUGUACAGUAUUUCCAAUUUUAUCUUUUUUUUUUUUUUUAAUCAAGUCAAAUUGCAGAGAAAAUCGAUUGUAGUACUGGAACACAAUACAUACCCCAAAAAAUAAAAAUCAAGAGAUACAAGGUGUGACAGUAAAUAAGCGAGACCUUGUUAUCCUCAGUAUUUCGACAUUUCAUCCACUCAAUUCCAAAUAUGACAACAAAAAAGUAUUUCUAAUUCUGCUCCCUUUUUUAAUAAAGAAAAACCUUUGGUUUAGUCUAAAUACAAAAAUAAAAUAAAAAAAUUCACUAAAUUCAAGAAACAAAAAAAGAUUAGUGACAGAAACAAGACUAUGACCAAUAUUUUUCAUCUGGCAGUUUGAAAAUAUAUAAAAAUACAAAUAAUCUUUGCGUAUAAUUAAAAUUACAAUUAAUCUUUUUUAACAUUUUUAAAUGCAAAAAAGAAUACUGCAAAAAAAUCAAGAUCUAAUAAAGAAACAAAGCCCUGUCCAAAUUUUUUGUUUGGUUAUUUUAAAAUAUGCCAGUGAAAAUGGACAUUUAAAAAGAUAUUUUGGAGACAAGGUGUGAUGAUGAAGAAAGAUGACGUUCUUCCUUUUUCAGUAUUUCAUACAAUUUUUAAAUGUUCCAACCUGUUGGCCAAACCUUACUCAAGAAUUUGGGUUCCAGUGUGGUAAAUUUGAAGUUCUCAGGGAUCGCAAGACAAACAAAGGGAAAUCUAGUAUGUCGACUUUAUUUUUUUUGUCUAUUCACCAAAUUAAAAAAAAGAAAACAAGACAGACUCACAGCUUGUCCGAUCGCAGUGUUGUUACUGGAACAUUCUGAGCGGGAGCGUUUGGUGAAAUCAUUCCAGUUUAUUGGGAGAAUAGUACGAAUUUCUGUCUUAUCCCAAAGUCCGUGUGUGUUUGUGUUCGCGUCUGACACUUAAUGCCAAGAAGUCAUCGUUGCCUUUUGUUCAAUCAGCUGUACACUAUCACCCCCUACUGUGCAAAUAAUAAUGAAUAAAAUCGUACUUUUUCCUA